UCCGAUUGGGAGAGCGUCGUGCGAUAUCGCGGUUCCAUACAUCGCGAAGGACAAGCCCUCCGCUCGGAGCGAAUUCGCACAACCAGAUGUGGCGCUCCUGUUGACGUUUUCAACAUACUAUCGACAGGGAUUGACAACUCCGCAUCUUCGGGAUGUAUUCAGCAAGCUGCGGCAGCUAUCCCCGGCCGAGGCCGCUGCAACUUACAACGGUUGGAUCGGGAGCGUCGAGGGACGUGUGGCGGCUGAUUGUCCGCACCUGGAAAGUGUCAAUGUCGAUGACUCGAAAACGUUUGACGACAAGCUCUGCCCAGCUCUGUGCCGGAAUAUGGACGUGGUUAACUUCUGGCUGAUGAAGAUUGUUCUCCCCGAUCAGGCGCGGCGGUACCCACUGAAAGUGACAGCAACUCCUUGGGAUUUGUGCCCUCCAGUUCGUGAUCAAGGGGAAAGCCAGACGCUCGGCUUCGCUGGCACCGACGAUCUCAAGCUAGUUUGCCCUGCGACGAUUUCCCAAAAAAAUCUCGCUUGCAACCAGGCUGCAAAGGGCACGCUCUUAUCUGGGUUGCGACGGCCAGAGAACAACCAGCUUCUGCAGACAAAACGCGGCGCCUCUUUGUCUUCGCAAGUUUUGGACGCAGUUGCGUCCGAUCGGUCUUUCAGUGUCGUACUCGACGCCGGUGCGCUCGUUUUAGAGCUGGACAGCUGCGAGUUUUGCCGCCAGUGGCUGGAACGUCGGCCCGAUGCUCGGGCUGCAGUUUUCUUUGAUAACAACCACAACAAGCGGGUCUUGCUAUCUUCUACCGGCGACGAUGUCCCAUUCGCAUCCUCUUUCGUGUCGAACAACAUGGAAGAUUGCCUUGUUUUCGUUGACGACUGGCACACCCGGGGAACCGACUUCCCGCUGCCUCCGCGGGCGCGCGGACUUGUCACGCUUGGGAAAGGGCUCGCCUUCGAUAAACUUCUGCAGACCUGUUGGCGCAUGCGUGGACUCGGAGCCGGGCAGUCUGUCGGCUUUAUCGCAUCGGCCGAGGUUGGUCGCCAUUUGGUGCAGCGUGCGGCCCAGUUAUCUUCAGGCUCAAGUGCGUUAACUCGAGACCAGAUCCAGGCGGACCUUGAGGCCAAGCGUGCGAAGCAGGCAAAGUUACAAGUUUGGCAGGAGGACGGCGAGGAGCUCGACGCGGGAAUGAGGCAGAGACUCGAGGACCUCGAGCUUGAGAUCAAUAAGCUGGAGCAAGAGCUCUCUUCUGCUCCGCGAGAAAAAAGGGAGAAAUCGCAAGCGGAAACGGAAGUAGCGAACGUAGACCGCGUCAUUGAAUGGGCGACGUCGAACACGGUUGAGGAAUUGGCUGGCUUGGUAAAUCACUACGUCUGUCAGGGCCUGCAAAACGUAAAAAAAUCGUGUCUACGAAGGGAGCACCUAUGCGAUCCAGAAAAAUCUGCGCCCCAGGGUGCCGAUACUAGUUCUCCCUUGUUGCAGCCAACCAACGAUAGUCACACAAGAAGAGAUGAGCAACCGGCCGACGCCAGCGGCAGUGCGGAAAACAACGAUGGCACACUCCCGUCUCCUCUAACUUCAGAGGCAGUGGAGAGGGAUUCUCAAGCAAAAGACCAGGGGGAACAAGACCCCGCCAAUAUCAGAGGAUUUCGUAGGUUUGCGGCUGGGUGCGUAAAUGACGAAGUGAUGACAUUGAAGGACCAGUACGAGCAUGCGCGGACUUGCGAGAAAAUUCCUGAUCGCACGCGUGCUGAGCUUCGGCCUUGGCUUGAUAAGGGUGACCCCCUGGCACAGAAAAUCCUGAAGCAGGUCGAAAAACUCGUUCCGCACGUCAGGCGACACGGAUGCGCCCUUGAGGAUGAACAAGAGCGCGAACUCGAGCAGGAAUUGGAGGAGGAACGGCAAAAUGAAAAAGCAGGAGCUCCAGAUCCAAGGGAGCCAGAGUUUUCCCCCGGAAUCGAAGCUCUUCGACGUGCGAUCGACAAGGACAAACCGUUUCCGAAUGAGAAACUCAAGGUAAUUGAGUAAGUAUAUUAUGUUUGACGAGUGCACGCGCAAAGAAAGAUUGAAAUAGCAAGAAAGGCAAGCACGUCGGCGUGGCAUAGCCAACGCAAAGUGUAGCGCCACCUUUUCAGAUUCAACAUACAAAUGUAGCUCGCGGUCGGUCCUAAAAAGCACAAAUCGAAUGUUCAUGAAAUGAUAGAUACUACUUUCAGGUUUGUUUUGUUGCGCUUGCAGACACCGUCCCCGAGUUGACUCCCGCAUUGCAGCUUUUUAGCGAGAAGAUUUGGGUUUCGAAGGAGUUUCUGCGAACUGUUCAGGGAGACGUUGGUGGUGAGCACUUUCUCAAGACUCCGACUUGGGUGGUGCGAUUCGCUGUGUCUUCAAGUGAUGAGGCUGUAGUUGUCAUCUCGAACUACGAGGCGGAAGAAAAAUUCGCAGACACGCCUAAUCUCCGGAAAUUUGAGGCGAUCGCGAGACAAGACCAGGCGGAUUACCCUCUUCGGUGUCGGGAUCUCGCGGUCUCUUGUCUUCCGGAUGACGAAAAUGCCGAGUCGCGCAUCGCGACCGUCGUGCCUUCAUUUUCGAGUCAAGCGCGAAGCUCCGGUACUCCGAACUGCGCGCAGCCAAACUUCGAAGUGGUCGACUUUCUUCCGCUGCAUCUCUAUGCAGGGACGUUGUUCCCCGGACCGGCACUCCGGGUUAAACUCAACGGGUACCUGGGCUUGUGUCGAGACCCGGGCGCAAGCGUGGCAGCGAAUGAGAUUGAAGCGGACGGGUUUGUACGUCCUGGACGAGCGCGGGAGAUUCUCGGAAUCAACUCGCCCUUUGUGAGGAGCCCGUUGGCUGCGCUACGCCACUUCUAUAUUGAGUGUCGCAAUCUUGGCGGUGAGCUACCCACUUCUCCCAUGGGACGACUGCUAGGGUGCGGUGGUAUGGUGACUGGAGCCGAAGCAUUCGGAAAAAACUAGUCGACCGCAAGAUGAUAUGAAUGAAAAGCGUACUUAACUAGUAUCUGAAUCUGCACUGUCAACCUCACAGCGGCAAUAGAGCACGCAGUAUUAUUCCUCUAGAGUAAGUAGUAUUUUUCUUGCCUUUAUUCUUGGCGAGACAAAACCGACACGCUACUCUGUGGAGAAAGGCCAAAGUAAAAAUGCGUUCUAUUCCACAAUCGAUUUCCUUUUUCGCAGGCCAGUGGCAUCGCACUUGCUUUUCGAUGCUACUUGCAUACGAUUGUUGACAAAUACGAAUUACCAUCCCCUUCUGGAACAUGAAGACAACGUAUCGAAUUUUUUUGGAAGUUGACGACUGUCGCGCAUGAGAGUAUUCGAAACUGAUUUGUAAGCCUACCACGCAUCUUGCGCGAAAGAGACGAACUCAUUCCCAUUUUUCUCAUUUCAUUAGUGUACUCACUGCAU